AUGGACGAGGGCUACCGAGACCGAUCGGCCUUCAUCAAGGGCGCCAAGGACAUCGCCAAGGAAGUGAAGCGGCACGCCGGGAAAAAAGUGGGCCGUCACGUGGACCGCGUGGCUGACGAGUACACCAAGCGCUCGUACACACGCUUCGAGGAGGAUGACGACGACGACGAUUACCCCGUGCAGGCGCAGGACGGGAGCUACUACCGCAGCAACAGCCGUGCCAACGACGACGACGAUGCCGCGCACAGUGACUCCACCGAGGGCCACGACGAAGAUGACGAGAUCUACGAGGGCGAGUACCAAGGCAUCCCGCGACAGGACUCGUCGGCAGGCAAGGUGGACGGGCAGGCGGACGGAGUGGCGAGGGUGCAGCAUCGCGACCUGGCGCAGUACGAGGGCGAGCGACGCAAGGAUCAGGAAGAGCUGGCGCAGCAAUACGAGACCAUCCUGCAGGAGUGCGGCCACGGACGCUUCCAGUGGACGCUGUACUUCGUGCUGGGGCUGGCGCUCAUGGCCGACGGCGUGGAGAUCUUCGUGGUCGGCUUUGUGUUGCCCAGCGCUGAGAAGGACAUGUGCCUGUCGGAGCCUAAUAAAGGCAUGCUGGGACUCAUUGUCUACCUGGGCAUGAUGGUGGGUGCUUUUGUGUGGGGUGGUCUGGCUGAUCGGAUCGGACGCAGGCAGACUCUGCUCAUUUCUCUCUCCAUCAACAGCGUCUUUGCUUUCUUCUCCUCUUUUGUCCAAGGAUACAGCUCCUUCCUGCUUUGCCGCCUGCUCUCUGGUGUUGGGAUCGGAGGGUCCAUCCCUAUAGUUUUCUCAUACUACUCAGAGUUUUUGGCUCAGGAGAAGCGUGGCGAACAUUUGAGCUGGCUCUGCAUGUUCUGGAUGAUCGGGGGAAUCUAUGCUUCAGCCAUGGCCUGGGCCAUCAUCCCCCACUAUGGCUGGAGCUUCCAGAUGGGCUCGGCCUAUCAGUUCCACAGCUGGAGAGUGUUUGUUCUGGUGUGCGCUUUCCCCGCAGUGGCUGCCAUCGCUGCUCUCAACACCAUGCCAGAGAGUCCACGCUUCUAUCUGGAGAACGGGAAACAUGACGAAGCCUGGAUGAUCCUGAAACAAGUUCAUGACACCAACAUGAGGGCCAAGGGCUACCCAGAGAGGGUCUUCUCUGUGACCACCAUUAAGACCGUGAAGCAGUUGGAUGAACUGGUGGAUAUGGGAGAUGAUACUACAGCUUGGCACCAGCGCUGGAAGCUCAAGCUCGUUAAUCUGUUUCAUCAGGUUUGGAGCAACUUCCUGACUGUUUUCAACCCGGAGUACCGCCGUGUCACCUACAUGAUGAUGGCUGUCUGGUUCUCCAUGUCGUUCAGCUACUACGGCCUGACCGUGUGGUUCCCUGACAUGAUCAAAUACCUGCAGAAGCAGGAGUACAACUCGCGCACUAAGGUCUUCAUCAAGCAGAAAGUGGAGCACAUGACCUUCAACUUCACCCUGGAGAACCAGAUCCAUCGUCAAGGAGAGUACUUCAACACCAAGUUUUUGAAUCUCAAGCUGAAGUCCAUGGUAUUCGAAGACUCCCUGUUUGAAGAGUGUUACUUUGAGGACAUCACCUCCACCAACACCUUCUUCAAGAACUGCACCUUCAUCGCUACCCUCUUCUACAACACAGAUUUGUUCAAGUACAGGCUGAUCAACAGCCGCCUCGUCAACAGCACCUUCCUGCAUAACAAAGAGGGCUGCCUGCUGGACUUCAGCGAUGAGAACAACGCCUACAUGAUCUACUUUGUCAGUUUCCUCGGCACGCUGGCUGUCCUGCCCGGGAACAUCGUGUCCGCUCUGCUCAUGGACAAAAUCGGACGCCUGAGGAUGCUGGCCGGCUCCAGCGUUAUCUCCUGCGUCAGCUGUUUCUUCCUGUCGUUCGGGAACAGCGAGUCGGCCAUGAUCGCCCUGCUCUGCCUGUUCGGGGGGAUCAGCAUUGCGUCAUGGAGUGCCCUGAACGUACUCACGGUAGAACUGUACCCAUCUGAUAAGAGGACUACGGCCUUCGGAUUCCUGAACGCCCUGUGCAAGCUCGCCGCUGUGCUGGGGAUCAGCAUCUUCCAGUCCUUUGUGGGCAUCACCAAAGCCGUGCCCAUCCUGUUCGCCUCGGGCGCGCUGGCGGUCGGCAGCUUCUUGGCGCUGAAGCUGCCGGAGACGCGGGGGCAGGUGCUUCAGUAGUGUGGCCAGCAGGUGGCAGUGUUGAAUUAGGGAGAAUCCCCCUGCAGUGUGAUCCCGAUCCCCCAAUCAAUCAAAUUUGGAAUUACAGACAAUAUAAAACAUCCACUUCGUUUAUUUCCAACACAGUGACGGUUCUAUUAACACGUUAGAUAGUUGGUGAGAUGCCAGAAAACAUUUUAAUAUCGUCACUCAUCCAGUCAUCAGCAGUUGUACGUAAAUGUCCAUGUAUCAGAUACAUUACCGUUAAACGUCACAUAUCUAUACCUUCAAGUGGCGCGGACCUGACCCUUAUAAUCAGCGUCCUUACAGGGAGAACAGAGGUCAUAUGUCUGUGUGUGUGUGUGUGUGUGUGUGUUGAACAACUGCCAUUUUAGACACAUUCCAGCUUGUUUUGUAGUUCGAGCGUGUUAACUGACCAGUGAUGAGUUCGCCCUUUAAUCGUUGUCCACGGCAUUACAGUGCGGUGAGGGCGUGUCAGUGGUCAGUCAGGCGGUAGAUCUUUUCUGCACGGACAGUGUUUGCUCUUGGUGUGAUUCCGGGUUGUUGUUGUCGGUUGUUGUCACGAUGUCGUGAGAAUUGUAGAUCUUUUUUUUUUUUCGAGCGUCUGUUGAAAUUGUACGUGGGGGAAGAAAAAUCAACGACAUUAUACGAUCGUAGCUAGAGAGGAAUCUUUCAAAAUCGGUUUAAUGGAAAGCGAACAGUAUGAGAGGGGAAGGAAUAAAUAAAUAAAUAAAUAAAUAAAUAAAUAAAUAAAUAAGAGCUCCCCGUUCACACCUUCGGUCCGUGUCGUAAUGACCUACUUGUGCGUUCACGUAAUUUGCGUCGUCAAAACGGCGGUUCGGUAGUUACGGUCCAUCGUUCCGUCCUUAAGGAUGUUUCUGAACUUCACAAAUUCUCCAUCUGCCAAAACUGGGGGGGAUUAAAAUAAAUAAAUAAAUAAUAAAUAAAGACAUGGGGGCGGGAGAAAACAAAACGAAAUCAAGCACAAGAUGGUUUGAUAAGACUAUCAAUACAAGGUUAAGGUUUAUUUUGAAAACUGAUGUAAAUGCUGUACCGAAUAUAAAUAUACAGUUUAGUCUGUCUGUCCUGAACACACUAAUAGCUCAU